CACUGAGUGUUGCGUACUGCCUCCUGACCCAAACUCCCUAAUAUGAGGCAGUGGGCUCAAUUUUAUGUCAGACCCAGUGGUGCUGUCGGUGCCAUGCUGUGUCUUCUGGCAAAAGAAAAAGAAGGGAGGUCCUCCCCCAACAAGCCCCCAAAAUUGGCACGUUGGGACCCCAACAGGGCUGCAUUUCCAUAUUCCAUAUUCCCAUAUUGUGUUUUUAUCAUAUUAACAACGCAUGUGUCUCUGUUAUAGGCCAUUUGAUAUGGAAUUUGUAAACGCAGUAUUAAUGUUUGUGAUGGGCCAUAAAUUGAAAUGACAAAUACAAUGCAUGCUAUUAAAAUGUAUUAAAAUGUGUGUGAUGCGCACCAUUUUGAAUCGACACAGACACAGUCACUUAUUCUUUUAAUAUGGCGUAUACUGUCUUUAGUUUAUUUCAUGCCACCAAAUGAAUGCUUUUUAAAGGUUGAACAUGUACAAUGUUGUUUUAAUUAUCUCCUUGGAAUUAGUACGAUAAAGUGGAAGUUUAGAAGGCUUGUAGAUUCGGUCGGUUCUGACCUGGUUUCCAAAUUUGCGAUCCCUGCAUCGCAUUUACACUUUUUCACUGAAAAUUCAACAUGUUGACGAUGCGAGACUUUUAUUUUGGCACAAUGCAUUGAACUCCGGACCGGAAGUCGUUACUUUGUCUCCUUGCGUCCACUCUGUAAAAAGAAACUGGAGACGAAGAAAAAAGGAAACCGAAAGCAAUAAUUUCGCGAAAAGGGCAGUGAAGGAAUAAAGUUCUGAUUGCUGGACGCGCAGAUUAUUGAAGAUGGAAAUGGAAUAUUCUGAAGAUGUGCCAUCACAAGGUGUACCAUCACAGUUACAGCCAUUAACUGACAAGCAAGUGGUAAACUCUGCAGGUGGAUACACAUGGGAGGUGACUGACAUUACACGAUUGCACCGUUUUCUGUGUUUUGGCUCAGAGGGUGGGACUUACUAUAUCAAAGAAGAGCAACUGGGUAAGGAGAAUGCGUUAGCUUUGAUCAGACUAAUAGAAGAAGGAAGAGGCUGUGAAGCUGUGGAAGAAAUCAAGACAUUCAGUGUGGAGGGAAGAACAGCAAAAUCAGACCCGAUCCUUUUUGCUCUUGCUGUGUGUUCACAACAUUCAGACAGCAAAACGAAGCGGGCAGCCUUUAAAGCUGUUAAGGAUGUUUGCCGCAUUCCCACACACCUGUUUACUUUUGUCCAGUUUAAGAAAGCUCUUAAAGAAGGCAUGGAAUGUGGUAUGUGGGGUAGAGCUUUGAGAAAAGCAGUGGCAGAUUGGUAUAACGAAAAGGACCCAAUGGCUUUGGCUUUAGCAGUCACAAAAUACAAACAACGAAAUGGCUGGUCACACAAGGACCUGUUAAGGCUGUCACAUAUGAAGCCUGCAAAUGAAGGUAUUGCAUUGGUCACAAAAUACAUCACAAAAGGAUGGAAAAAUGUCCAAGCAGUGUACAACGACAAAGAGAAUGAGGAUGACAUUAGGAAAAUCCUAGAAUACCUUGAAGCUGUGGAGAAAGUGAAACAUACCACCAAUGAAGUAGAAGUAAUUCACUUAGUAGAGGAGUAUAAAUUAGUAAGAGAACAUUUACUCACCAAUCACCUAAAGUUUAAAGAGGUCUGGAAGGCUCUGCUGAGAGAAAUGCCAAUGACGGCAAUGUUACGAAACUUAGGGAAGAUGACUGCAGAAUUACUUUUAGUUCCAGGAAGUUCAGAAACUGCUAUGGUGUGUGAGAGACUUCAGAAUGAAAAAUAUUUAAAAAAGGCACGAGUCCAUCCAUUCAAUGUUUUUGUGGCCUUAGAAACAUACAAAUCUGGUCAUGGAAGCAAAGGUAAACUGAAGUGGAAUCCGGAUAGUGACAUCCUUAAAGCUCUGGAUACUGCAUUUUACAAAAGUUUUAAGAAUGUAGAGCCCACGGGAAAACGUUUUGUGUUGGGAGUUGAUGUGAGUGGAUCCAUGAGUGAUCGUGUUUUAGGAAGUCCUGUCAGUUGCAGAAAUGCCGCUGCAGCUAUGUGCAUGGCUAUUGCACGUACAGAGAAAGAUUCAAAAAUAGUGGCUUUUUCACACAAAAUCGUUCCAUGUCCAGUCACAGCCAACAUGACACUUCCAGAAGUCAUUUCAGAAUUUAAAAAGAUUCCUAUGGGAAGUACAGAUUGUGCCCUUCCUAUGCUGUGGGCUCUGGAAACGGACACUGCUGCUGACGUCUUUAUUGUUUUUACUGAUAAUGAGACCUAUUAUGGAGAUAUCCACCCUGCUCAGGCUCUAACCACUUAUAGACAUAAAACAGGAAUUUUCUCCAAGUUAAUUGUCUGCGGGAUGACUUCAAAUGGCUUUACCAUUGCAGACCCUGACGACAGAGGCAUGCUGGAUAUGUGUGGGUUUGACUCAGGAGCAUUAGAAGUUAUUCGAAACUUUGUUCUGGAUUUCAUUUAGAAGGAAUGUCUCAGAUCAACUAGACCAGCCGCAGUGGUGGGGAAGUUAAAGUGAGGUUGAAAUUUUCCAGAAUACCUUUUUAUACCAAGUGACAUAUCAGAUUUUGUUUCAGGUGAGUAUGAAACUGUUAUAAUGGUCAGUGGGACACACAUGAAUUAUAUUUAAGUAAGAUGAAAAUGUGGGGAUGGAGGUUAGCAAACAAAUAAAACAACAAACAGCAGAUUAUAGAAGACCUUCACUUACCUCCAUCUUUGUGGUAUAACCCUUUAGAAGUAUAAUUUUUGUUUUUCAACAAAUUAAGAAAUAUAAAACAGACUAAUUCAUGAUACCAUCAUUAUACCAAUGUGACAUAAUAUAAUGAGCAAAAUACUUAAGUAAUGUAUAACUUGACACCAACCUAAUUUCCCCCCCCCCAAAAAAAGCUACUAACAAAAGUGAGCAUAGUAUAUGGCCAAAAGUGCUCGAGUCGACUGGAUCUGUGGUUCACGAGACAAAGCUGAUGAAGCGAUCCGGCCAUUUUUCAGAACGGACCCAACAAGGUGUGACAUAAGGCUCAAAAGAGGCUGCAUUUUUAUCUGUUAGCAUAUUUAUU